AGGAAAUCAGAGCGCUGAGGCACGGUGCUUGCUUGUAUGAGAGAGGUGAGGGCCAGAGGAAGAACAGUGAGAUGACCUUGUUACUGUUUGUGGGGCUGCUGGUGGCCAUUCUGGCCGGAAGAGGCACAGUGUUUGCACAAACCACUGGGGAAUCAACGCUUGGACAUGAAACCCCAGAAGGAGAUAAUGAUGACACUGAGUCAGAUGAUCUUGACGCAAGCAAUUUUGAGUCCUCAGGAAACGGGCGAGAAGGAGAAGACAUUUCACAGGCAGUUAAACUGUUUAAUGAUACGAAUGACUCAUACGUUCACUGCGGAGCUGGAAAUUGUCAGUUGGGCAUCAUCAUCUUAGUUAUAGUGGUUCUGCUUAUAGCAGUCGCAGUCGCCCUUGUGAUUUUUCUCUGUCAAAGAAGAAAGAAAAAGACUGUUCCUUCUGAAAUAAAAGAAGAGGAAGCUUUGACUACAUGUGAUGCUGGAACAGCACCAACACCAAUGUUUGAUGAUGACAUCCCCUCAGUUCUCGAGCUGGAGAUGGAAGAUCUACAGAAGUUGGCUGUGAAUACAGACAUGAAUAGCGAGGUUUCAAAUGGAACACCGAUUGUGCCUUGAGAUCCACCAUCCACAAGCUGACAGCUGAGACCUUUGAGGAGAACCAUUACCACUGAUCAGCUAGAAGUUACCAUAAUGCUGAGGGAACACAGAUUUAGGAUACUGUGAGAUUAAUUUCUGGUAGCAUGGUUUUCACAUACUAUGAUGACAUGACAGUCCUGCUCUAUUUUGAGAAGGUGCAUCUUCUUAGUGAAAAAGACAAGUAUCAAAUGUGCCAGAUUCAAUUUGCAGUUAUCUGUAUAUAUUUAGUAAAUUUAAAGUUUAUAUAACUUUUUUCAAUUGCAGUUGUAUCUUCAGGUUUACCACAAACUCUUCUACUUCGUCUAGUAAUGGUGUAAUUGUUUAUUGAACUUGAAAUUCGGAGUCAUUACAAUGUUAUAUUUAUACACGAAAUUAUGCCUUUAUGUUUUAAUAAAGUAUAUUUUCUUAUA